UGUUUUUUGCAUGUUUUUUUGAAGAAAUAUCCUUCAGGUUUAAUUUUGAUUAAAAUGAGUGAUCAGGGAGUUGCAGCUUAUUGCAGUUCUACUACUCCAUUGUUGCUCAAUGAGGAUAUUAACGAUAGAUUAUCUCAAGAAUGUGUUAAGGAUGUUUCACCAGAGAAGCAAGAUUCCUUUCAGUGCCAGUGUAAAGCUUGGCGACCGUCACUUUCAAAGGUUGUUGAAGAGAUCAAGCAGCUUUAUGCCAUAGCCCUGCCUAUGAUCAUUACUGGUAUUCUUAUCUAUGGAAAAUCAGCAAUAUCAAUUUUUUUGAUGGGCAAAUUGGGCAAAGAAUCAUUGGCAGGAGGGUCUCUGUCGAUUGGUAUUGCUAAUAUUACUGGCUAUUCUGUCAUUUCUGGCCUUGCAAUGGGAAUGGAAGCCAUUUCUUCUCAAGCCUGUGGAGCCAAGCAGUGGCCUCUUAUGGGCCAAACCCUACAACGCACCAUAGCCAUUCUGACAAUAGCCUGUUUGCCCAUUUCAGUGUUGUGGCUAAACAUUGAGCCUAUCCUUCUCUUUUGUGGACAAGACCCCGUAAUCUCCUCAGUUGCCUCAACUUAUCUUGCAUUCUCUCUCCCAGAUCUGCUCUUCCAAUCUCUAAUAAACCCUCUUAGAAUUUACCUAAGAACCCAAAACAUAACCCUCCCUCUUAUGUUAACUGCAGCUUUUGCCCUUGCUUUACAUGCUCCUAUCAACUACAUCCUCGUCUAUCAUCUUAGCCUUGGCAUUCAAGGUAUAGCUGUAGCAGUUGCCUUAACAGAUUUGAAUUUGCUUAUAACCCUUUUGCUUUACCUAUGCUUCUCUGGCAUUUGUGAUAAAACAUGGCAAGGUUGGUCCCUGGAAUGCUUUUAUGAAUGGAAACCAAUACUUUCCCUAGCUAUACCUAGUUGCAUAUCUGUUUGCUUGGAAUGGUGGUGGUAUGAGCUUAUGAUAGUCCUUUCAGGGCUUCUUACCAAUGCCCCAGAGGCAGUUGCUACAAUGGGGAUCCUAAUACAAGCAACUUCACUUAUCUAUAUCUUCCCUUCAUCUUUGAGUCUAGCCGUGUCGACACUGGUUGGUAUUGAGUUGGGAGCAAACCAGCCAAGCAAAGCUAAAACCUCGUCCAUGAUUGCAUUGUCAUGUUCCAUUUUCACUAGUUUCCUGGCUAUGUCGUUCAUGACAACGAUGAGAAAUGGUUGGGGACAAAUUUUCACUAAUGAUAAAGCGAUUUUGUCGUUGACUGCAAUGGUAAUGCCUGUGGCAGGGUUCUGUGAGCUAGGGAACUGCCCACAAACCACUGGCUGUGGGUUGUUAAGAGGAAGUGCUAGGCCAACUUUGGGUGCCAACAUAAAUUUGGGAUCCUUCUACGGUGUAGGAUUGCCUAUCGCUGUUUUAAUGGGUUUUGUCAUGGAUAUAGACUUGUUGGGCCUUUGGUUCGGCUUAUUAGCAGCCCAAGUUGUGUGUGCUAUGGUCAUGAUCAUAGUGGUGGCGAGAACAGAUUGGUUACUGCAAGCAAAAAGAGCCAGGCAGCUGACUGGAGUUAAUGCGGGACAGGAGGAGGAAGAACAGAGCAAAAUCCAGGGAUUAAUAUCAGUAAUGCUGGUGAAGUAGCUUGUUUUCAAGCUAUAAAUUAC